AUGCCAAAUUGGACGGAACAAGACAUCAAAAACGCGAAAAAAGACGUGUCGACGCAAAGCCGCCAAAGCCUGGAGCAUCCCCUACACCACCUCUACCACCAGCUCACGCCCGGCAGGAAGACGUGCAGAGAGGCCAAGCAGGAGUACCAACGACUCAGCGUAUCUCAGGAGAGGUCUCUGGCUGCCUGGACCAUUUCGCAGGCGGAGCUGGGAUUCCCCGUCCCCCGUCCUCAGAUCAAGGAGUUUGUGUUGAAGGUGCUCGCCGCGCAGGGUAACACCCGCGGGCUGCAAGAGUCACUGAGGAACGAUGGGAAUAGGUAUAAGAAGGGAAAGGUAGCAGAGACACAGGAAACGGGAGAGGCAGAGGCCGGAGCAGGGAUAGAAGCUAGAGCAGCGGCACAGGAUGGGGCAGGGGAAGGAGCUGGAAUAGUGACAGAGCUUGGAGAAACGACAGAAGCUGGAGGGGUGGCGGGAAGUCAGGCAGAGGUGGAGGAUGAACCAGUGGUAGAAGCUGGAGCAGGGACAGACGUCGAGGCCGAGGCCGAGGUGGAUGAAGUGGACAUGGAGACCCCAGCCGGCCAGAAUAACAACGAAGACAUGGAGACGUGGGAGCCGUGA